AGCCAAAUUUCUCCCAAUUUCAACGGCUACUGUUCAAAGUUCGGGUAGAAAAUGGAUAUCAAAGUUGAUCAUUAUGUUGUUUUGGAUUUACCCUCCGGGAAGGAAGGGGCCAAACUUUCUGAGAAAGACAUAUCUAAAGCCUAUAAGAAGAAGGCAUUAGAGUUGCAUCUAGACAAGAGGCCUGAUGACCCAAAUGCUCACUUGAACUUUCAAAAGCUGAAGACCUCAUACGAGGUUCUGAAGGAUGAGAAAGCUAGGAAGUUAUUUGAUGAUCUACUUCGCGUGAAACGUGAAAAGAUCCAACGCCAAUCACAACAAGAUUCAAAGCGUAGAAAGAUGAUGUCAGAUCUCGAUGCAAGAGAAUGUGCUGCUAUUGCACCUGAUGCCAGCGAUCUAGCUCGACAAGAGGAGGAGCGAAUUGCUAGAAAGCUUAAAGAGGAAAUUGCUCGAAUUCGUGCAAUGCUUUCAAACAAAGUGCCUACUGCUACAAAUCCUUCACAGAAAGAGACACAUGCAAAGGCUAAGGCGAGUACAGAAGUCAAGGGGAGUAGUGUAGACAAGGAAAAGGUGCUUAAGGUAUCUUGGGAGAAGAUUGGUGAAGAUUCUACUGCCCAAAGACUAAGAGAGUUAUUUAGUGAGUUUGGUGAAGUUGAAGAUGUAGUAAUUAAGUGUUCUAAGAAGAAAGGCUCCGCUCUUGUUGUCAUGUCUUCUAAGGACGCAGCUAAAGCUGUUUGUGGAAAUGUCUUGGGGAAUCUAUUAAAUCCUCUCUUAAUUGUGCAUCUUCAGCCAACAGUUCAAUCCACAAUGCCAUCUUCAUUUUUUAACGCUGAGAAAGAUAGAGAACCUGAGGGCCCAAGUUUGAGUAAUCUUGUAGGUGCUGGAUACCAGAAAUUUGAAGACUCGGUAUUAGAAAAAAAGAGAUAG